GCUAUGCGGCAGCCGGCGGUACGGCUGGUGCGGCUAAGCCGGAUACCCUACACCGAGCUGCUGGCCCUGCAGGAGCGCUGGCUGCGGCGGCUGCAGGCCGAGCCAAGCACUGAGGCCCUGUCGGGGACUGAGGCGGGCGCGCUCCUGCUCUGCGAGCCCGCGGGGCCCGUGUACACGUCCGGGCUGCGCGGCGGCCUGACGCCGGAGGAGACGGCGCGGCUGCGGGCCUUGGGCGCCGAGGUACGCACCACAGGCCGCGGUGGCCUGGCUACCUUCCACGGCCCAGGCCAGCUGCUCUGCCACCCGGUCCUAGACCUGCGACGCCUGGGCCUGCGCCUGCGCACGCACGUAGCGGCGCUGGAGGCGUGCGCCGUGCGCCUGUGCGAGUGCCAGGGCUUGUCCGGUGCUCGCGCGCGGCCCCCGCCCUACACUGGCGUCUGGCUCGGGGAGCGCAAGGUCUGCGCGAUAGGAAUCCGCUGUGGAAGGCACAUCACGUCCCACGGCCUGGCUCUGAACUGUUCUACAGACCUUUUGUGGUUUGAUCACAUUGUCCCCUGCGGGCUGGUUGGGACAGGUGUCACCUCUCUGAGUGAGGAGCUCCAAAGGCACGUCACUGUGGAUGAAGUUAUACCACCUUUCCUUGAGGCCUUUAAAGAGACCUACAAGUGCACGUUGAUAUCAGAGGACAGCUCCAACUGAAGAGUGUUCAUGUUAUCACAGCUGGGAGGUCCUGCUUGAAAAGCACCAAGACUGACUUGGGAGUCACUGAAACCCAGAUUCUAGACUUGGCUCUGUCAUUCACUCACCAUGAGACUAUGAGCAAAGUAUGAGCUCUUAGCCAUUGUUUCCAUAUGUUUGCUGGUUUAUUUAUAUCUUCUCACCUACCUCAGGUACGGUAGAUGUGAAAACAUUAUGAAAAGCAACGCCUGCUAUAUAAAUGUAACUUUAGCACUACUAUCGACACAUUUUCUCAGCUUAGAGAAACUCAGAUAUAGAG